ACUGUCCUGUUUUCUCUCUCAGAAAUGAACUCAACGAUCUGGAUUGUGGAUAGUUAUGAAGAAGCUCUUGCCAAAAACUUUGUGAUUGUUAGUCUUGGUUUUAUCAUUAAUUUCAUCAACGGAAUGUUAGUAGUGACCUUUUUUUCUAAUCUAAUGUUUACAAGAGACUCCAGAUACAUUUUAUACAUUCACCUGGUAAUCAAUGACAUGCUCAUGAUAUGUAUAUCAGUAACUUUAUAUGUGUUGACCUACGCUUUACCAUUUGUUAAUGUUUCGUGGUGUUGCACAUUGAUUGCUCUUGGUUCAACCACCUUUAUGAUCACUCCUUUGAAUCUGGCUGGUAUGGCCAUAGAACGGUUCAUUGCUAUCUGUAAACCACUGCAUCACUCUCAGAUUUGCACUCCACAAAGAACCUACAUCUUUAUAUGCUUGCUAUGGGUUUUAGGAGCUAUACCUUCUAUGGCAGAUAUCAUUAUUUUAUUUUCAAUCCAGCCCAUAUCUUUCUUCAGGUCUGUUGUACUUUGCUACCCAUUCAAUUUGUUUACUUCCAAAGCCCACAAGGACAACACCACUGUAUCACAAAUCAUCUAUAUGUCUUUGGUGUGGAUAAUUCUCAUAUUUACUUAUUGCAGAGUCAUGUUCACUGCUAGAAAGGCGGCUUCAAAGGGUUCAGCAAAUAAGGCUCAGAGUACGAUAUUGUUGCAUGGUGUCCAGUUACUUUUUUGUAUGCUUUCCUAUGUCACCCCUUUUAUGUACUUAUUUAUUAAUGCUUUUUUCCCUGUACACAGAACUAAGAUCACUUUCUGUAUUUAUCUGCUCACAAAUAUUAUGCCUAGAAUACUGAGCCCAUUGAUUUAUGGGGUCCGAGACCAGAAGUUUAUGAAACAAAUGAAGGAAUACUUUACAUGCAGAGUUUUUAUUGUAAAAAUUGUGCCAUCAAAAUUCUGA